AUGUCUACCGCCGUCAAACGCGCCUGCGAUGCCUGUCAUCGUCGCAAGGUCAAGUGUGAUGGCAUCAACCCGUGUCGCAAUUGCCACGCCUCCCAGUUGACGUGCACCUACAAUGCCAUCCCCCAGAAGAAGGGCCCCAAGGGCUCGCGCGCAAAGGUCAUCAGCGAACUGCGCGAAACACAAAUCCCCCAGAAGAAGGGCCCCAAGGGCUCGCGCGCAAAGGUCAUCAGCGAAGACAAACGAGCCUAUCCGCCAAGGUCCAGAACCGCCUGA